UUCCCCAAAAUCCUUGUGUCUUGAUGAUUUUCAGGUAAACCCGAGAGGCUUUUUAAAAUGAUGGCAUCAAACCAGAACAUGAAAGAACUUCAAUGGUUUUUGCAAGCUGUCAAAUAUGGAGGCCUCAAUCUCCAUAGCAUCUCCUUCUACCUUUCACAAGCGGCUUCAGGAUGCUACCAGGAAACAGAAAACUCCAUGAACAUAAACAUCUCCGGGGAAAGCAUUUCUUAUUUCUCACACCUCUUGACCACAUUAGCAGCAUCUAAGAAUGCAAAAUCCACUCUGAGAAACCUCGAGUUUCACUUAGUGCAAUGGGAAGUACAGGAAGUGAAAAACCUAGGGAUUUUGCUGGAGAACAACCCAAGUAUAAAACAAGUUGUUUUUAGAAGAAACAAGUUCUUGGGAAAAUGUAUGUCUGAGCUUUCUGAGAUUCUGAAGAGGAAUAAGAUGAUCAAGGAGAUUAUGCUUUCAGAAUCAAAUAUCGGGUCUGUUGGGGCGGGCUAUAUUGCUUCUGCUUUAAUGGUGAAUCACAGCUUGGAAGAAUUACAGAUAUGGGAAGACUCAAUAGGAUCAAGAGGUGCUGAAGAACUCUCCAAGAUGAUUGAGGUUAAUCCAACUCUUAAAUUGUUGACUAUUUUCGAUUCCAAUGCUAUUACAGCAACCCCACUUAUAUCUGCAGUGUUGGCAAGGAACAGAGCCAUGGAAGUUCAUGUUUGGAGUGGACAAAACAGUGGGAAAACCUCUAAGGUGGUUGAGUUUGUACCUGAAAAUAGCACGCUUAGAAUUUAUCAGCUAAGUCUCUCGGGUUCUUGCAGGGUUGCUUGCUCUCUGGGAAUGAACUUCACAGUUAAGUCACUAGACAUGACUGGUGUGAGACUGAAAUCCAAGUGGGCUAAGGAGUUCAGAUGGGUUUUAGAACAGAAUCAAACUCUCCAAGAGGUGAAUUUGUUCAGAACAUGUCUAAAAGACAAGGGCAUUGUGUAUAUUGCGGCUGGUCUCUUCAAGAAUCGUAGUUUGCUAACUUUACAUUUGACUGGAAAUUGGUUUACUGGGGUUGGUGUUGAACAUUUAUUGUGCCCUUUGAGCCGGUUUUCUGCCCUGCAAAGCCAAGCCAACAUUACUUUGAAGUCUUUGAGCUUUGGAGGUGGAAGAACCAGAAUAGGAAGGGAUGGCCUAGCUGCUAUACUUCAGAUGCUAACGAGCAACCAAAGCAUUACCCGGCUGGCGAUACAUGAUGAUUCGAGUCUGAGACCUGAUGACUUUGUGAGGAUCUUCAAGAGCUUGGAGAAGAAUGCUACAUUGAAAUACCUGUCCUUGCAAGGGUGCAAAGGAGUACAAGGGGAGACAUUGAUCCAGACAAUUAUGGAGACACUGCAGAUAAAUCCAUGGAUUGAAGAUCUUGAUCUCUCAAGAACACCGUUACACAACUCUGGAAUGACUCAAGGAAUUUAUAGAAGGUUAGGUCAGAAUGAGAAGACAGAACCAGAAAUGGAUUUGCUCAUGGACAUGCCAUUGACUGAGCCCAAGAGUUGUAGAGUAUUCUUCUGUGGGCAAGAAUAUGCAGGUAAAACCACUCUUUGUAAUUCAAUUUCACAGAAUUUCUCAGCUUCAGCACUUCCCUACUUGGAUCAAGUUCGCACUAUAGUUAAUCCAAUGGAGCAGGCGGUGAAAACAGUAGGAAUGAAGAUAAAGACUUUCAAGGAUGAGGACACAGAGAUUUCAAUAUGGAAUCUUGCUGGUCAGCAUGAAUUUUUCUCCCUCCAUGAUCUUAUGUUUCCCGGGCAUGGAAGUGCUUCGUUUUUCAUCAUCAUAUCAAGUUUAUUCAGGAAGCCAAGCAACAAAGAACCUAAAAGCACAGGAGAGAUUGAAGAAGACCUGCAAUAUUGGCUCCGGUUUAUAGUCUCCAACUCCAAAAAGGCCGUACAACAAUGCACCCUACCAAGUGUAGCAGUUGUUCUUACUCAUUUUGAUAAAAUCAACCAACCAUCACAGGAUCUGCAGCUCACAGUGAACUCAAUACAGAGAUUGAGAGACAAGUUUCAAGGCUUUGUUGAUUUUUACCCAACUGUGUUCACUGUUGAUGCAAGAUCAUCAGCAUCAGUCAGCAAACUCACUCAUCACAUCCGAAAGACCUGCAAGACGAUUCUCCAAAGAGUCCCCCAAGUUUACCAGCUAUGCAAUGAUUUUAUACAGCUUUUGUCAGAUUGGAGAUCAGAGAACUACAACAAGCCAGCAAUGAAGUGGAAAGAAUUUGACACCUUAUGCCAAGUGAAGGUUCCUGCUCUGAGAAUCCGAUCCCGACAUGAUAACAAGGAAAGAGUGGAGGUUAGAAGGCGAGCUAUUGCAACCUGUCUUCACCACAUUGGAGAGGUUAUUUACUUUGAUGAGUUGGGGUUUCUAAUCCUGGAUUGUGAGUGGUUCUGUGGUGAAGUACUUGGAGAGCUCAUAAGAUUAAAAGCUAGAAAGCAAAGCUCCUCAGAAAGCAAUGGGUUUAUUAGCAGGAAGGAGCUGGAAAAGAUUUUAAGAGCAAAUUUACAGAGUCCUAUUCCUGGAAUGGGUUCAAAAGUGUUUGAGAACUUAGAGUCUAGUGACAUUGUAAGGAUGAUGCUGAAACUUGAACUAUGCUAUGAACAAGAUCCAUCAGAUCCAAAUUCUUUUUUACUAAUCCCCUCUAUGCUCGAAGAAGGGAGAGGAAAACCACAGAGGUGGUACUUAAGUACUCCAGACUGCAUUUAUGUCGGUCGUCAUCUUGAGUGUCAUGAUUCAAGCCACAUGUUUUUAACGCCAGGAUUCUUCCCACGCUUACAGGUACAUCUUCACAACAAGAUCAUGGCUCUAAAGAAUCAAAGUGGAGCAACUUACAGUCUCGAGAAGUACCUCAUUUCAAUCAGCAUUAAUGGAAUCUACAUCAGAGUAGAACUAGGAGGACAAUUGGGAUACUACAUUGACAUUCUUGCUUGUUCCACCAAGAACUUGACAGAAACCUUAAGAGUCAUUCAACAACUCAUAGUACCAGCAAUUCAAAGCCUGUGCCAAGGAAUCACCUUGACUGAAAAUGUUAUAAGACCUGCUUGUGUUCAAAAUCUGACACCACCUAGAUAUAGAAGAACUCAAGUUGUUUCCCUACAGCAAUUGAAACAAGCAUUGCUUUCACUUCCAGCAGAUGGCAUGUAUGAUUAUCAGCACACAUGGAGUCCCGUCUCAGAUUCCGGGAGGACUAUUCUGCAAGCCGGCUUCAAUUUUGCACGGGACAUUCUUUCCGAUGAUGAUUUCCGGCAAGUGCUACACCGACGAUAUCAUGACUUGUACAAUCUCUCCCAAGAGCUGCAAGUCCCACUGGAAAACAACCAAUAUGGACAAGAUCAUGCAUCAGGCUUAAGUGAAGAAACUCAAACUGUAGAACCAAGCAUCGGAGGCAUUGCAGAAGGGGUUGAAGCAGUUUUGCAGAGACUUAAGAUUAUUGAACAGGAAAUAAGAGAUCUGAAACAGGAAAUCCAAGGGUUGAGAUACUACGAGCACCAGCUUCUCCUCGAGCUGCACCGGAAAGUAAACUACCUAGUCUCCUUCAAUGUCCAAGUUGAGGAGAGGAAGGUCCCCAACAUGUUCUACUUUGUGAAAACAGAAAACUACUCAAGGAGACUUAUCACCACCAUGAUUUCUGGCAUGACUGCUCUCCGGCUUCACAUGUUAUGCGAGUUCCGGGGUGAAAUGCACGUUGUUGAAGAUCAAACAGGCUGUGAACUAAUGCAAGUUGAUAACAGAGCUGUGAGGUCUUUGGCUCCUCAUGUAAAGAACUUCAUGAAACUGGUAACGUUUGCCCUUAAGAUAGGAGCUCAUCUAGCAGCUGGGAUGGGGGAAAUGAUACCUGACUUGAGCAAGGAAGUUGCACAUUUGGCCGGCAGCUCUUCCAUGGCAGCUGGGGCUGCAGCAGCAGCCGGAGCCAUGGGGGCUGCGGCUUUAGGUCGCCGGAAUAGAGCAGCACAAGGUUCAAGGGAUGUUCAGCAAGAUUUAAGGGCAGCACAACAAUGGAUUGUGGAUUUCUUAAGGGACAGAGGAUGCUCAUCAGGGAAAGAUAUUGCAGAAAAGUUUGGAUUGUGGCGUGUGAGAUAUAGAGAUACCGGUCAGAUUGCAUGGAUUUGUAGGAGGCAUAUUUACACCAGAUCUGCGGAGAUACUUGAAGUGCCCAUUUGAAAUAAUUGCCAAUAUGAGUUUGUUCUUUUUCAUUUUCGUUGCCUUGUUCAUUCUUUCACCAUAUCUAAAUUUGAAAAACUUGACAAGGUUAUCCACAUGCAUACAUAGUUUACAUUUAUGGAGUUUCAGAACGCGGGGACUGUUUCAACGUUUCUGCUAUUGCAACAGAAUAACCACGAUCAUUUCUGGGUUA